AUGCUGUACCGCGCGACCCAUGAUCCUGCAUACCUUGUGAUGGGAAGGGAGCUGGCGUUGGCGAUCAACUUGCGUAUGCGGACUCCGUAUGGCUUCUCCACGCUGCAAAGAGUGAACCUUCCCCACAGUGAUCAACACCACGGCGACACGAUGGAGAGCUUCAUGAUUGCAGAGACGCUGAAGUACCUGUAUCUUCUCUUUGAUGAGUGCAACGUGGUGCACGUUCAGGGGAAGCUCCGUGGCAGCGUCCCGCCAUAUUGUGCGGCUGUGGAGGGAGGCAGCAGUAGGGGGAGCCAUGUGGGGUGGGUGUUCAACACCGAGGCGCAUUUGUUUCCCAACACGGCUGAGUGGUGGGGACCCAACGCUGUAACAGAUUCAUUUGUGUGGCUAGAUGAUUAUAUUAUGUGGGGUGAGGAUGUUAUUCCGUUCAUGUUUCCAUCUGAUGAUCGUCUGGGAUGCCAUGCUGCGUUUAAUGAUGAUGGUUUAGCGGCAGGGGUGGAGUUGCAUCGGGAGCGUCUGGAGGUGAUUGAUGGCCUCAUUGAAAACUUUAAUGCGUUGAAGAGCAAGGGCAAAAAGCGAUGGGCAGGCAAAUACCAUUGA